AUGUCGUCUCACCACUCCCAAGGGGAGGCCCUCGAUGAUGUUGGCCACAACCCUCACGCGUCCGCCAACAGAUGGCGCCACCAAGAGAGCUCUGCUUUUGCGCGCCAUGCCGCCCAGGCCCACGCAGUGCCCCGCGACCCUCAGGACCGCGGAACCACAAACGAUCUUGCCAGCUUCCUGAACCGCGACCGCGUCGAGCCCGAGAACCCCAACGCCGCACCAAACUUCAAGCCCAUCAUGAUCGCUGCCGGCGAGGCCACCGGCGACGAGCAGCCUCGCGCGACCACCGCCCACUCCUAUGAGCAGCCAGACGCUCCCGAUGGCAAGGAGAUCAUUUGCGGUCCCCUGCUCAACUACCGCAGGAUGGACGCGGAUCGCUGGUAUGGAAGCGUCUUGAUCGUCGCUAAGGGCGGAGGAAAGACGCAGAGCUUCGCGCCGCACCUCAUUCUGCGUCCCGCGGGCUCUGCCGACACUCAGCAUGCUAUUCCUGAGGCGAAUGGCGUUAACGGAACGAAUGGAACCGUCAAUGGUGAAGGCUCCAACGGCGCAAACGGCGCAGGCGCGAACAGCACAGAAAUUCAGGGCCAAUGCCUCUACUCAGACCCGCGCAACACCUUCUGGGCGUUUGACUUGUCGCUUCCUCUUUCCCAGACCGAGGCCAAGUGGGAGUACCUGAUACCCGACAUGCGCUUCUCCAGUAUCCGCCCAGACCGCUACCACUUCUUUGUCCCCGCCGUCAACGAGUCGAUGCGCAUCAUGUUCCACUCUUGCAACGGCUUCAGUGUUGGCACCGACGAGGAUGCUUGGAGCGGUCCCGCCCUGUGGAACGAUGUCAACAGACAUCACAAGGAACGCCCGUUCCAUGUCAUGCUUGGGGGUGGCGAUCAGAUCUACAAUGACGGAAUUCGAGUCGACGGUCCUUUGCGCGAGUGGACCGAUAUCUCGAACCCCAAGAAGCGCAGGCAUUUUCCCUUCCCGGAGAAGCUCCGCCAAGCUUGCGAUGACUACUACUUGAAGAACUACAUUCGAUGGUACUCUACUGAGCCCUUCGCCACGGCCAACGGCCAGAUUCCCCAGGUCAAUAUCUGGGACGACCACGACAUUAUCGACGGAUUCGGUUCCUAUGUCGACGAUUUCAUGCGAUGCGACGUCUUCAGGGGCAUUGGCGGAACGGCUCACAAGUACUAUAUGCUAUUCCAGCACCAUUUGCCUCCCCCAGUAUCGACUUAUACAUCAGAUCGCACGACCACCACCGAAGGGCAGGGACUCGACCCCAACCAACUCAUGGACACCUAUGUAGCACCCGCAAAGUCUGACCCGAGCUACAUUGUUGGAACACAGCCUGGCCCGUACGUGGCGGAGCAUUCGCACAACAUGUUUGCCCGACUGGGAGCGCGUAUCGCCUUCCUGGGUAUUGACGCUCGAACUGAGCGCCUCACGUGGCUGGAGAACGUCUUCAGAAGCCCUAUCAUGGGCCCAGUCAAGUUCUUGAACCGAAGAUUCGGUUUGGCUGGCGGUGUUUUCAACCAUUUCGAUGGCAGCGUCGACUUGCUUGAUGAUCUCGAUGACCACUACACGGCCAGAACGCACAAGAAGGAGCGUGGAGCUUUGGUCGAAAGACUGCAGGCUAUUGCAUCGGAAUUCUCGGUUCGCAUCACCAUUCUCGGCGGCGACGUGCAUCUCGCCGCACUUGGCCGCUUCUACUCCCACCCCCGUCUGAAUAUAGCCACCGAGAACGACCACCGAUACAUGGCCAACGUGGUAUCAUCUGCCAUCACCAACAAGCCACCGCCAGCUGCGAUCGCCAACCUGCUGGCGAGACGAAACAAGAUUCACCACUUGAACCACGACACAGACGAGACGCUUCUCAAGUUCUUCGAUAAGGAUCCGGGCGACUCGACCAAGACGUCAAGCUCCAACCAUGUGACCAUGCCUAGCCGUAAUUUUGCCAUUUUGACGGAGAACUCGCCCAAUCGCGGACUCGCAGCACCGUCGAUCAAUGGAGAUGCAAGGUCGACGAUCUCGGGCAAGGGCGGGCACGAUUACCUGCAUCUCGGUGAGAUCGAGUCCGGCUCCAAGCACAAGGCGGCUAUGGCGCAACAUGGUACUGGCAACGACGGUAGUCUGGAUAUCUGCAUCCGGGUCGAGGUCAAUCAGCACGAUCCCGAAGGCAUCACUGAAGGCUACGGCCUGACUGUGCCCUUGCUCAAGUACAACCUCAAGCCGGAGCCUGUGAUGCCAUUCCCUGAACAAGAGCGACCAAACGGUGACGGGGAAUAA